CUGGAUUAUAAUUAUUCAUUAAUGUGGCCACCAUCAACGAGCUGGAGAUGUUGUUUGUUGUUUUUUUAAUUUUUGUAGAAAUGAAAGGUUUUAGACAGCAAAGUGACGUUUGACUUAAGGAUGAAGUAGAUGUACAGUAUCACUGAAACCCUUGGCACUGCCUAACAAAAAUCUUACAACCUUUUAAUGUCUUUAAUUCACUUCUGAACUUAGUAAGAUCAGAUGAAAGGAUGUCUGGGGCACAGCCACGCUACACGAUUGAACAAUAUGAAUUGUUACGUCGGUUACGUGCUACCGGAAUGACAAAAGAAGAGAUGGUCGCAGCUAUAUCUGCGAUGGAGAAGCUGGACAAUGACCUUGGACCAUCACCAGAGAAACGGAUCCAGAUUAAGGAUGUCCACACAGUACCAAGAGUAUAUUCCGGAACAAAUGAAAACCAGUCUGUUUCCAGUUCAGCUUACUCUCACCAGAGUUCAUUGCACAGGUCUGCAUCACAGAGCCCUGUCUCGAUACCAAGUUCUGUAGUGCAGCAGCAGAACUCUGCACUUGCUGCACAUAGUCAAAGAAGUUCUGAAUCAGGUCAGAUACCAUCAAGUGUGUAUUUAAUGAACACUAGAGUGUCAGGUCAAGAGCCGGUUAUGGAUUUGGAGGCUGAAGCGGAAUUUCACAGACUAAUAAGCCAUGAUCCAAACAAACUGUGGGAGGACAUCAAAAUGUUUGUAUUAGGUCAUGACAUAUCUCAGAACUGGCUCGCCAAAGAACUUGGUAUCCAAAAGGGAAUUCUGUCGCACUAUCUUUUAAAUGGUAGAGGCCUAACGAAGAAUGCCAUUAAACUUCUUUAUUCUUGGUACUAUUUAUCAAACAGGGGGAAUCAGUCUCAACAAAAUAGGACUGAAGGGCAAGCGAGACCGGUUUUUAGCCGACGUGAUAGACUUCACUGGUCUGAGAAGGAACUACAAAUCCUGGAAACAUACCGAAAGGAGAAUGCCUACCCAAGCAUGAAUGAAGUGCGUAGCAUGGCGGAUACUCUCAACAGUUUAAGUGCUGGUAUAGAGGAUAUAUGUGGCGAACAUAGAGUGAUCACCCCUAUGAAUGUAUAUAAUUGGUUUGCAAACAGAAGGAAAGAUAGAAAACGGAAAGCAAGAGAAAUAGCAAACGGCCAGACAUCAGAUGCAUCAGGUGACGUAGAAUCCCUGGAUUCCGUUGAUGAUCUUGGCCAUGAUCAACUCUCACCCAAUGCAUCCAACGCAGAAAAUAUGGCUGGCACCAGCAACCUCCCGACAAACACAGACUUUUUCUCCCAGAUCAACACAAACUCUUCACAAAAGAAUGCUGACAACCAACUUGGUGUGGUCGAGACUUCAUUACCGACAUCUAUUAUGCCAGUACCACUUUCCCUUGAAGUUCACGGAAGUUCAAUGAAAGAUGAGGAUCACAGAUUUGUAGGCCAUGUUAGGUCGUUACUGGAGAACUAACAAAUGUAUAUUUUAUAGAGGAAUUUUUAUAAUCGGAAGUAGGACAUAAUUCUUGGGAUGUUUACUGUUUUUUAUGCAUGUGGAUUAACAUAGAAAACAAGCAGUAACCUCUUGAGACAACAUGUUCAGGAUUUCUUCUGAAAAAAAAAAUAGUCGAGUAUGGUACGCCAAUUAAAUUAGGUAUGGAGCGCACUAACCGCAAUAGAGAGUGAGUAACCCCAAAUUAGGCCUGGAACCCAGGCUAGAUUUCUUCCUGCAUUUGAUUGACUGUACCUGAGGAUGCUGAAAUGAAAUUUACAUUAAAAGAAUGAUGAAGUUUGACAGAAGCUGAUGAGGCAAAAAUGAAGAUGAUGGAGUAGACUACACAGUGUCAGAAUCAAAAGCUCAUUGUUCGUUUAUACUUAAAAUUAUGUUUUUAUUAAUAUAACCUCACUAUGAACUCAUCAAAAGCAUUAGCCACAGUGUACAGUGAAUGCACACAACAGUAUUAACUGGUUAAUUGGUAGCAACGUUGGAUUUGGUAAUACAGUACUUAAAUCCAGGUGCACAAUGUCUCGACUGGCAGUCUGUCAGUGCAACCCCAUGAGACUGGCCAUGUGACCAACAAUGUCAAGCGCAUGCUCAAUGUGUGGAUGAACUUGUUGGCCCAAUAGUAAUCAGCAGACAUCUUCUCAUUACGCUCACUCAAAGUACAGAUGGAUUCGUUGGCCGACCAUCAACUCAGUGUGUGCCUGGCUUUAGGGGUGGGUGUUUAUGUUAAAGUUUUCCAGCUGUAAAAUUUAGAUUUUUUUUAAUUACAAAUUUAUACUUUGGUAUCUUUAAAAUUUAAAGUACUGUGAAACUGGUGCUCAUAAUUUCUUGAAUGUUUCAAACAUAUUUCUUCAUACAGUUUUAAAACCAAAGCAUGAAUUAUUGUAUUUAUAUUACUAUUUAUUUUUAUUUUAAUUAUUAUUACUACUAUUAGUAAUAAUAUUUUUUUAACUUUAGUAUUUAUAUUAUAAAAUUAAAAGGAAUGCAUUGUCUAAAUAAUAAAAAUGCUUUAAACAUUUGCCAACUUUGAUGGAAUUGUUGAGCCAUUUAGAAUGCACCAUUUUUAAAGUUAAUGUUGACAAAUUAAGGCAUAAUAAACCAGAAUAUUUUUAGUGAUAAUCAUGACAUGAAUGAUUAAUAUUUACAGUUUUACUAAUUAAGAAGAUAUUCAUAAAUUUAAAUACAGUAAUUUCUUCUCAAAACGAA